UCCUCAGAGAGACACACCAACAGAGAGACUCUCACUCUCACCAGUGGUUUCCCACUCCUCUCACAUCCCUCAACUGGAGGCAAACCCAGCAGGCUGAGCAGCACCUGAAGCUCCGUGUCCCGCUGACUGCUUGGCGGCUCUCUCCGGCCGGGGAAAAGGUGUUUCAGAACCUCCGCUUUCUCCAAGAUUGCCCCUCCCACCCUCCCCGUUCCCACCGGUUUCUGCACUUCGACCCCACCUCCUCCAAAAUGUCCUCUCAGGCCACGCCCAUCAAGGGGCAGCGAUCCACGACCCCGCCGCUGCGCUCAGCAGGGACCCCAGGUUCUCCUACUUCCCCGCUGUCUGCAGGGUCCCUGCAGCCUCCAUCCUGUAGACACAGAGAUCGCUCGCCUUCCCCCAUGAGAGGCUACCUCAUCCCCAGCCCGCUGCCCACACGCAGAAACAGGACCUGCUCAGCGACGGCCCGUGCCUCAGAGGGUCCAGUGUUUAGUGGGGUGUGUAAAUGCUUUUCCCGCUCCAAAGGGCACGGCUUCAUCACCCCAUCCGACGGGGGCAGCGACAUCUUCGUGCACAUCUCAGACAUCGAGGGCGAGUACGUGCCGCUGGAGGGCGACGAGGUGAGCUACAAGCUGUGCUCCAUCCCUCCUAAACACGAGAAGGUGCAGGCGGUGGAGGUGACCAUCACCCACCUCAAGGCGGGAUCCAAGCACGAGACCUGGGCAGGGGACAUCGUGAGCAGCUGAGCGCCGCGCCGCCGAGGCCUGGGAGCUAAAGUAAAGGGAGGGGGGGUUGGUAGAGAGAUGGGAGGGGGGGACGAGGAGGUGAGGAAGAGGUGAACUGAUGGGAUUUGGAGGGGUUGAGAAGGAGAUGGAUGAAGACGGGACAAAUUUGCAGAGGGAAGAUGAGCUGAAAAAGAGGGAAGGACGAUUUGACGGAAACAUAAAAAAUGCGUGCGGUGGAUGGAGAAUGCCAGUAAUUCCACCGGUGUGCCUGUUUUUCAACUUUACAAUUUUUUUUUCUCAUUAUAAUUUAACACUCAGAGGGUGGCCGGAGGUGACAUGGCUGCCAUCAAGAGGUAGACGUUAAGAUUUGAGUUGCGGAGAAUCUCAAAAUCCGUGUUCUGCUUUGUUUGGGAAUCUGAGCUUAAAUACCACUGCAAUGUGCUGCUUCCUGGUUAUUUUGCUCUUCUUUUCCUGCUAUUCUGUGUAUCUGUGGAGGGUGAGAGGAGGAGGGAAAGCUGAAAGAUCCCAGAGUUCACUUCUGUUGCCGGAAGCUUCUUCUACUCUAAUUAGGUUACUAUAUGUUUUGGAAAAGGAUUGUUUUGAGAGGUAAAGAAUAGAUUUAUUAUACAAGAAAGAUAUUAAAGUCCUGUUUUGUCAUGUAAAGAUGUACUACAUUAAGCUUCUUCCAUAGAUUUAUAUUUAGACACCCCGUAUUGAAAUAUGAUAUGUUGCUUGAAACAGUGUAUUUUAAUAUGACUAGUGAAAAAAAACUAUCCCAACUGAAAUUAAGGUUUUUCAGGGAAUUAUGGCUGUCAAAUUAAGGUAAUAAUGCUGUCUGGCAGGUCAUAAUCACCAGUUAACUCCAGGCUGAUUUUACACAGCAAUAACUCCCUCUUUAGUCAUUUUGACUCAUGUACAGUGUUAAAAUCAUAUUUUUCUUAGCAAGUGGAAAAAAAAAUCUGCCAGUGGGAUGAGAUAAUCCCACCUGUUUCCGAUGAUGAUCAUCUUGCUCCCAGAAUUUUCCAGAAUCAGGUGUCAUUUUCUCGAUCCUUGUGGGCUGGUGUGCCUUAUUCUGCCUUGUUUCAACAGAUUCUGGUUCCAACAAAAAAAAUCAAGUGAAUCUGCAUCUGAAACAAAGGGGAUCAUCUCAUUUCACUGGCUUUUUCUCCCACUUGUAGUAAGAAAAACACAAUUUUAAGACAAAAUUUGAGGCUAAAUGGUUUGUUUAGACGGAGUUUUUCCUUUGCAGUGUACUCUGGACUGAACUGUUACUUGAAUUCAAUGCAAUUUAGUUUACUUCAGGUCAGUUGCAUUCAAGUUUACUGUCACUGUACAACAAAAAGUGAAUUUGCAGCUCCCAUACGAUGGAGUAAGAUUAAAAAAAAAAAAAGAACAACAACACCAACACAAAUAAAGGUUAGAAAAAAGUCAUUCAGCAGUGUAAACGCUCCAGGAGACAGUGCAGCUGUCUGCCAUGUUAACUACUUCUUCCCCCAAACGCACACCUAUCAGUCCUAAGUCGCACUUUGUACUGCAUGCUUGCUGCUCUCUCAGAGAAAAAUUCAAAUUUGGUUUCCGCUUCCAGGGGGCACGACUCAUCUCGCAACUCGUCAUUUGCAUUCCAGCACAACAUGUUGAGGUUUACUUUGCAGACUUGGAGAACGAGCUGCAGCACUAAUGCAUAGGUGCUGAAUGAUCCACUACUGCAUGCAUCUGCCAUGCUUUGUUUCCAGCAGCAGGAGGUCAUUUUUCUGCUGUUUUGUGCCUGUUUGUGCCCGGAGAACACACAGCUGUCUGUGCCUGCUCAUACCAGUCCAGGACCUGUCGCCCUGUGUGUGAUGUGUGGAUGUGAUAUGAGAGAAUUAAAGCAUUUUCAACCCUUA